AACGCUGGUAGAAUAUUAUGUCAAUGCGAUAUGUUAACAAGCGGAGAGGAAGCCAUUUAGACUCAUUUGUGACAGUACGCCGACAAGACGUCUUUCAGUUUUGAACAGAGACAGGACAAAGUUGUCUUGAUGACCAAACCUCUACAGGGUCACAUCAUAGGACAAAUGCAACUAUGGUGGUCUGCUAUGGUGGUGGCCAGUGUCGUUGUGGCCGCACCCGAGCCAGUGUAUGAAGCAGUUGUGACAAUCAACACUACUAAAAUGGUUCAAGUUGUGAGUGAACGAUUCUUGAGCCUGACUAUUGAUCCAGCCAUGUUGCUGUACGGAAAGGAAUUUGGUUCUGGAACCACGAGAAUCCUACACAUGGCAAAAGGUCUUGCUCCAGCGUACCUGAGACUCGGAGGACCAGACAUUAACCACUACCAUUUCCAGAGGUCUCCCGUGCAUGACACUCAGCAUAACAACUACACUUUUACAGAGGCACAUUGGGUUGAACUAAACCACUUUACUCAUGAAGCUGACCUGAAACUUGUUGCCUGUCUGAACAUCCUACAAAGAGUCGAUGGUGUAUGGGACUCAAGAAACAGCCUGGAUCUUAUCACUUUCUCAGAUGAAAUGGGUUACAAUGUUGCAUGGGAACUUGGUUAUGAGCUUCAAGAGCUAGGAGUUGACAUACCAGCAUCCCAAUUUGGACAAGAUGUGGCUAGACUAAGGCACAUCUUAAAUGACUUCCCUCGGUAUCAGCAUUCCCUCAUCCUAGGACCUGAUAUUACACAACUAAAUAGACAACAGGAUGUAGAUUUUCUACAGAAUUACUUCCGUGAGGGAGGUUCGGCCCUGGAUGGCAUCACUUGGCACCCAGAAUUCACUUACCAGAAUAAUAACACAACAACUGAACCUGCCGACAUGGAAGUAGCACUGAACCAGCUGAUGCAUGACAGGGAGAUAUUGACCAGGGUUCUACAGAUGGCUGUAACCAAGAAACCACUGUGGAUAGGAGACAGACAAAGUGAGAGUUCACGUGGAUGGUUUCUGGAUGCCCUAUUAUGGACACAAAAGCUGGGAGUUGCUGCCUGGAUGGGGAUUCAGGUUAUUAUGAGACAGCCCAACCUCCACGCACUGCUUGAACCUACACCAGACUACUGGGUGUCGCUGCUACACAAGGCCUUAGUCGGCAGAGUUGUGUUAGAUGUGGAGCAGAAUCACAGUGACAAUACACGUAUCCACAUAUACUGCCACUGUACAAACCAUCACGCUGCUAGUCUAUUUAGACGGGUAGUCAACUACAAGCGUGGGGCCAUCACCUGCUUUGGUGUCAGCCGUUCGAGCAUCAAGACCAAGAUCACAUUGAAGCUUGGUUCUAGAGGGAAGAAGAAUGAUGAAGUGCAUCAGUACCUGUUAACAUCUGCUGAAAAUGAUCAGAAGUCAAGAGAAACUCUUCUGAAUGGGCAACCCUUAAAUCUUAUGGCUGAAGGUACACUGCCAGUCUUAUCUCCAGAAAUCUACCACACAGGACACAGUUUCACUGUGACACUUCCACCAACUUCCAUUGGCUUCUGGGUACUUCCAGGUCUUACGGUGAAACCGUGUCUUACACUUCCAGUUGGCAGCAGAUCAGAGGCAAGUGACAAGGCCACAUAUCGCCAGGCCAGAUCCAUGAAUUCCACACCAUUCCCUGACUAUGCUCACUCAGACCAUGAGACUGAUAGCCACAUGAGAAGUGAAUCAAAAGGGUAUGAAACUGCCAAUUCACUGAGGGAGUUAUCAAAUACAAUCAAAAGGAAAAUACAUUCUAAAAAAAAUAUACUGAAGAACACGAAUGAUGAAUUUUUGAAUAAAAUUAUGGAAGAAACUAAACUUGUAACAGAUGGUGAUUUUGAAAGAGACAGUACAGAGGCAAUGGAAGAGAUUGGUAAGAAUGUCAAGAAUGAAAGCAUAAGGGAGAAAACAAAUGAGAUAAAAAGGGGUGCCCAAGAACGGUACAGGAGAUAUGUGGCAGAGACUGGUACAUAUGUGAUCCCUGGACUGGAGCCUGACUACUUUCAGCCAAACAAUGGAAUCAGCAUAAAGAAUUUAUUAUGGAGGAGGAACAGGGGGGACAGAUUACAGAAACUUGCUAAAAUAUCAAAGCAUGAAGGUAACAUCCAAACAUCAAUAUAUGAGCCCCAUCACCAUGCAGAUUUUGAAGAUGUGAAUGAAGGAUUCCCAGUAAUCAGUUCCUAUGAACAUGCAGUUCAUACACUACCAAGAGGUGGAAUUUACAUGCGACAGGGUGGUGAAUCAUUUCAGGAACGUAACAAAGAUUAUGAUUAUGUAGACAAAGAUGAAAAUGUAAAUGAAGAGGAUGAAAAUAUCUCAUCUGAACCAGAACAUUUUCAUGGACCAACAGAAUAUUUUGAAACACUUCAGACACCAAGGGUUGUUGCAGAUGAAAGAUUUUCUGGUUAUGGUGGUGAGCUUUCUGAAGCUGAAUUCAUUGCACUGGCAAAACCAAGUAAACAAGAAGAGGAACAGGGCAGUAGUAAUGAAAAUGACGAAAAAGUAAUCCAAGAACAGGGUCUGACAGAUGAAGAGGAUCGCAAAAUAAAAGAUGCCACAACCAGAAUGCUAAACACAUACUACGGUGAGAUUUACAGACAUGAUACCAGUGAUGAAGGGGUAGAUUUUGAGCAAGAAAGUGGAGUCAAAAGAAAAUAUAAAACAGACAUAAAGAAGAAAAUAAGUAACAGGAGAAAUCCAGAGAAAAGGAAUGGAAAGUACAGUGACAAAAUAGUAUCAAAGAUGGCUCACCACAUAAAUAACAUUCCUGACUCUUAUAUCCUCACAGUGAAAACAGAGAAAGAUGCCAUCAAUGAAAAUGAUGUACAUAAUGAUGAAUAUGAUGAUGAUACUUAUGUACCAGCUGAAGAAGUAGAAAUUUCAAGAAGUAUCCACAAAAUUAAAGAAUCAUUUGCAGAAAAUCAUGAUAGAAAUAUUCCCAGGAUUAAUGAAGAAUAUUACCAUGAAGGUUCACAUAGUUCUAGAACAAGGAGGCAAGGAAGAGAAAACUCUAAGAAGAUCAACCAAAGAAAUGACUUGCAAGAAACAGAGGAUGAUGAUCAAGACAGCUAUCAGGCAAACCAUGAGAUACUUAAAAAUCAAAAGAUUUUCAGUGCAUCACAGAGUCAUUCAAGAGACUCUAAGGAGAGGGCCAGAAAAAUAAGUCACAAAGUUAUUUACAGUAACAGCAAUGAGGAAGAUAAUAGUUCAGACAUCAUAAAGAACCAUUCCAAGCAGAACAGCAAAAACAAUAUCACUCAAAAGUCAUCUCAAAGAAGAGCCAAAGAAAGUAAUGAAGAUGACGAAAGUGAAUCAGAAUCUUUAGAACGAUCUCAACAGUACAAUGCAAAAUCAAAGAUGCAUAAUCAAAAAGUACAUCACAAAAAUAAUAAUUCAGGACAUGAUGAAUAUUCUCAUGAACAUGAUUCUGCUGAAGUUGGUGAAGAUGACAAUAAACAGAAAAUAAUGAAGAGAUAUUCUGGGAGAAGAAAAUAUGUGAGAGCAGCAUACCAGCAGAAUAUCAAUAAUGGUAAGAAUGUUGAUGAAGUUAGUGAAUUAGCUGUUACAGUGAGAGGACACAACCCUAUAGAAAGCAUUAUUCCAAGCUACAGAAAAAAGUCAUCACGAAGAACACUAAACAAUACACACAGAACAAACAAUGAAACUGGAAAAACAGGAACACAAGGGAGUGCGUCAUCUGAUGAGAAAUCUGGGGAGGAAUUGCACAUUAAACAUAAGAUGAAGAAGCAUUCUUCAAGAACAGAAGUAACCAGUAAUGAAUCUGAAGAAAUGCCAGAAAUAAACGAAUAUCAGGAGAAAGCAACUGAAGAAAAUAUGGAAAAUAAGUCAAGACAAAAGGACAAAGUCACAAACAGAAUGCCCACAAGUGACAAGGAACGAAGACGUCGAGUGAGGAGAGAUGUGCCAUCACAAUCACCAAUGACUGAAACAUCGGUAGAAAACAGACGGAAGUGGACCGAUGCUAGAAAGGGCACUUCUCAGAAAAAAUACACUGAAUUAGAGUCUGAUUCCAUCAAUGCUAAGUUAAAAGUGAAACCUCACAAUAUUAAAGAAAACAAGAAAUUACAAACACCCUACAGACCUGUACCUACAGAUAAGAUUUUUAAGCCCAAUGGAGGUUUAGAAUCAAGUGAAGGCAAUAAACAGAUGAAUGCAGACCACAAUACAGAAAAGUAUAUAAGUGAUGAAUUUAGAAAAUAUAAUGAGUCAACUGAAGAAAUUAAUACAAAUUCACAACAUAAAAUAAGUAACACUUUACUGGAUGAAUAUGAUGACAAACAACAUGAAGAAGAGGGCACAAGCCAAAACUACUGGAAGUUUCAUAGUGAUAGAUCACUGGAAUACUUUAUGGAUCCAGAAAAACUGCAGAAUGUAGGACAUACCAAACGAGAAAUUGGUAACAGUUUCAUGUUUGAACCAUCCAAUGACAUCACAAUCAAUGGUAAUAUGGAGGAAGAAGCUGUAAAUACUGAGAGAGGUCUGAGAAAAUAUUCCAAAAUGGCUAAGUCAGUAAAGAACAGAGAAAGGGGAGAAUCUCCUAUUGAUGUAUUAUUUGGUGAAACAGUGCUACCAGCCACAAGUGUGGCAGUUUUAACUGACAAACACACACAACAAACUGGGAUGGUGAAUCAUGAAGAAGGGUUAACAAAUGUGGAUGAAGCUGAAAAUAUUUACAAGAAUCAAAAUGAUGCAUUAAACAUGAAACUGUAUCAGGAGGAGUUAGAAGAACCAAAAACUGGUGCUAUAAGAUUACCUAAGGCUAUUGCAACCCACAUACAUCUGCAACACAAUCAAGGAAAAGUGACCACUGGAGGAAAUGAGUACAAAGAAGAUCUACUAUCAAAUGAAGAAAAGCACAACAAAAGCACAAUUAUGACUGAGGAGGAAACAGGAAAGACUGUACUUUGGAACACAAAUUUACCAAUGAAAAUGGAACAAGAAGUGCAUGCAGACAAAAAUGACCAAUUACCUUUUGGGGCUACACAGCACAGGCCUAAAAAAAGUAGCACAUUCUUGGAACAAGAUAAAGAAGUUUCACACGUGGCUGAACAAAUCACCAAAGACACUGAAGAAAUUCUGCCAUCUGGAGAUAAUAUGGCUUUGAAACAAAAUCUCUCUCCAGAGAGUAGUGUUAAACUUCACAAGUCCAAUAGUGAGAGCAAUGUUGCCACAAGUACAGAAUCAUCUGAAUCACAAGUACAAAGCCUUGAAAAGAAAGACCCAGUUAUUGAUGAUAUCAGAAACAAUAUUCAUUCAAUUAUUGACAAACUUGGUGUAACAGUAAUGAAGGCUAGUAAUGAUAUUAAAGAGAAUAAAAAUAAUGACAAAACUUUUGGAAAUUUAAAAAAUGUUCAUUAUAAAGUGAUGGAAGCAGAAGAUAAAAUAUUUAAAACAGCACAUGACAUUAUGAAGUCAAGAAGUCCAGUGGAUGGUGAUCCUGCCAAUGAAGAUUUAGCAGAAUUAAAAACAAAGAAUGGACCAGAACAGGAACACUCUGUGAAUGGUGCUGAUAGAGCUUUGGAAAAUAUACCACAUUUUAUGGAUGAAAACUCAACAAUCUCAUCUCAUGAAAAUGGAACUGAUGGUACUUAUGACAGAUUAGAAGAUUUUGUGACAAGCAACAUAGCUGAUGAUGAACAUACUGCUGAUCCACUUAUACGAAAUGCGAAGGAUAUUGAACAUUUAAAACAUAUUGCAGCUACAAGAGGAAUCUUAAAUCAUAAUGCAAGGAGUAAUGAAAAUGAACACAUAAAAUUACAGCUAUCUACAUUAGCCAAAAAUGAUCAUAUCAGAGCAGAGUUGGAAAAGAAACGCCUGGAAAGACUUCUUGCUUUGUCAGCACAACGUGCCAAACUGAAGGAAGACCUCUUAAAAAUUAGGGCUAAGGCUACAGAAGGAAAGUUGAAACUGGCACACCAUAUAAACCGUCGCGAUACAACACAUGAUGAACACGUACAGUCACUCAUGACUAAUAGUGAGACCAAUGUUUCUCAUGCACCAGCUUCCAUCCAAAAUGAAGACAGACAGAAUUAUGCUAAAAAAGUUAAUCCUUCAAUUCAAUCAAAACAUUUUAGAGAAACAAAUUGUGAGUCAAGCUCACAUACAGGACAAAACAACAGAAGAAACUUCUCUCAAGACAGACACAGACAGCCGCAAUUAACAUCCUUACCAGUAUCCAUAAUGACUAAUACAAAGGACAUUCAGAUACCAGCAUUACAUGGUCAGCAAAUACAUAAAAUUCCACAUUAUUCAGAAUCCAAGAUUUUACCAAGAAACUGCAUUUCUGACAGUAAAUCUGAGGGCAUCCCAUUUAUCACUUUAUAUUGCAAAGGCCCUGCAAAAAUUUUGUUCCAGACAGGCCACACUAAAGAGAUAGACCCUGAUAAAGAAAAUAUCUCUCAAAAAUAUAAUUUAAAUUCCAGUCCUGAUCAAAGUGUUACUGAAGAUGCAUCUGUGGAAGAUCAAAAUGUAGAAAUCAAACAGAUGCCAUUACCACAGUUCAUUCCGAGACUUGUUCCCAAUAAUGAUCCAGCAGUGGUGCAGUUCCAAAAUAUUCCAAUCAGUGAAAAUGAUAUUAGAUUCUAUUUUGAUUCAGAAAAAGAUAAAGUUGAUGAUGGCAGAGAUUUGACUAGGAAACAGAGAUACACUUCAUCUAUAUUGAAAGUUUCAGGAAGUGAUUCUCCAUAUCAUUUUAUAAAUAUAGGAGUGACAGAUGAUGAUUCUCUAAAUGAAAACUGGAAACAACUCAACAUUGGAGAAACACAAAUAUCAUUAAUACCAGUCACUGAAGAAAAUGAUCCAAAUCAACAAGCACCACUUCCAAAAGAAGUAAAUAAAGGUGAUGCUGGUGGGAACAGAAGGAUAGGAAAGAGUAGUAAGAUGUAUAAUUAUAAGAAAGGAGCUGAAAAAUACAGAAAUAAGCACUUAAACACAUCAAGUUCAGUAACUGAAAGUGAUCAUCCAUCUUUACAUGAUAAAGAACUUGAUGAAGUUGAACCAUCAACAUUAAGAAUGUCAGAUACUACAAAAAGCAUCAAUAAACAUAGUGCUGAUUCUGAAAACAAUAUACUAGAUGUGAAAAACAAACAGAAUUUUAUACUUCAACCAUUGACACAUGAUUUGGGCAUCUACUCUGAACUGAUACCAGGAUCAAGCAACUUGCAUUCUGUUUCCAUGCGGUCAAAACGUGCAUUACCUCAUCCAUUCAAUAACAAAUUCAAUGAUGAUAUACUUAAACCACUGACAAUGACAAGUAAAGAUAAUCCCAGGACUGAGGAUAAUAUGAAUGGCAAAUACUGGCUACAAAGCUUCCUUAAGAAUUCUUCUACUACUUCAGGAAACAAAGGAAAGAACCAAGAAUUAAACAGCAGUAUAUAUGACUACAUGGUAAUGCCAGUUAGUAACAAAUUAAUUACUUCAAGUCUGGCAUCAGAAAGUAACAUGUUAUCUGACACGGAAGAAUUUCAACUUAAUCCAGAGAGUAUACCUACCAACAGUUUCUCUAUAACAAAUAUUAAACUGAUCACAAAUGAUAAAUCUAAAGACAUGAAAAAUAUUUCAGAUAAAAGCAGUGAGACAAAUCAAACAUAUCUUGAAAAUUUAGGCAAUAAUAUAAAUGAUAUUAUUAAUGUAGAAGCAGGUGAUGACACUGAAAAUGAGAACAAGAUAAAAGAUGACCUGAAUAAAACAUCAAAUGAAGUCAAUCUCCAGACAAACGAAAUUAAAAGGCACUUUAGAACCAGUAACAGAUUUGUGAUGUCUAAGCAUUACAAUAGCAUAAACAAAGCUGAAAAUGAAGAAAAAUUUUCUGAAAUGAAAGGAAUUCCUUAUAAGUUACACAAACAUGUUUUGAAUAGCAAUUAUAAACCAAUAUACAGCAAAAUGAGGAAAUAUUUAUAUCCUCAUGAGUAUAAACUUUUAGAAGCAAGCAGUGAAGAGCUUCCUAGCACUGAAUAUUCAAUCACUGUAAACAAAUUAGGCAACAGAUCCAGUCCCGAUAAAACAAAUGAUAUCAGCAAGAUUUUCAACAUAACACUUGAAGAGUUUCCAAAUAUUAAUACCAAAUCUGUAAAAAUUUUAGCAACAACAUCACGUCAUAAUAUUACCAACACUGCUGAAGAAAUACCUAAAAUUGCAACAGAAUAUAAAGAUAUUUCAGAUGUUCCAGUUUCUAGCACCAUUAUGGCCAAUACAGACACUGAUUACUUCACUGGGCCAGCUAUCAAAAAACAGGGCAAGGAAAGUUUAUUAAUUUCACAGACCUAUCCACAAGACAACCUUAAUUAUUUCUUCAGAAGUAUGAAAAAUGUUGCUGCUUUGGAACAAAAGGCUGUAGACACAGAAACAACUCCAAAUUCUGAGAAAGACACAAAGAAUUUGGAUGCUGUUAACAGGAACACUGAGGAUGUAGAAGUACCUGGUGGACAAGAAGUCACUGACAAUAAUGAAGAAAAUAAACCAACUUCAACAACAGGAUAUAUUCAUAAACUUUUUAAAAAUAUAUCUAAUCAUGUAGUUAAGUUCUUUCAUAGUAUUUCACCAUGGAAUUAUUUCAAUCACUGAUUACAAAAUAAGACAAAUGUCACAUGUACAUAUGUACCAUAUUUAAUCUUUAUUGUCCUUGCAUCGCAUCUUAUGUGCAUUGCGCUAUAACACUACUCAAGUGUUAACUAAAGAGUUAAAGUCUGGCUCACAGUCCCAUAGUUCAGGGUUUAAAUCAUCUUUUCCUGUAUGAUAAUAUUAAUGUUAACAGUUAUUUGGGAAACAUAAUGUUCUCAGAAAUAAUUCAACUGACCAGUAUGGUGGUUAAUUACAGUUACUUUGACAGGCAAUAAACCAGAAUUCUCACUAUUCUGUAGUUUAUAUUAUGUUUUACUGGCUUCUUCAAAUUUAAAUAAGUUCACAAAUAUGUUCUUUCUAUUUUUAUGUUUAGGGAAUAGUUUUAAUUUGUUGCAUUUAUAGAAGAAAUAAGAAACACUUUACCUGUGUAUAAGUUAUUUCAGUACAAUGUGUUAAUAAAUAUAAAUGUUUAUUUGUUC